AGGAAGGUAAACAAGGAAGUGGGAGUGGCUGCCGACCCGGAAGUAGAAGUGGUGAACCGGCGGCGGCUCGGGACGAGAAACUGUACUUAAGUUAAGGGGGCUUGGCCAUCCGCGAUGGCCGAGCCGGGACCCGCCGAAGAGCUCGCAAAGCUCGAGUACCUGUCCCUGGUUUCAAAGGUGUGCACUGAGCUGGACAACCACCUGGGGAUCAACGACAAGGACCUGGCUGAAUUUGUGAUCAAUCUUGCUGAGAAAAAUACAACCUUCGAAACUUUUAAAGCUUCCCUCACCAAAAAUGGUGCCGAAUUCACAGACUCUCUUAUAAGCAACUUGUUACGUCUCAUACAGACCAUGCGGCCCCCAGCAAAGCCUUCUGCUGUCAAAGAUCCAGUUGUUAAACCAAAGACAGAAAAAGAAAAGCUCAAGGAACUGUUCCCAGCACUUUGCCGACCAGACAAUCCUACAGUCCGGACCAUGCUUGAUGAAGAUGAUGUCAAAGUAGCCGUGGAUGUCCUCAAAGAGCUGGAAGCUCUAAUGCCCAGUGCUGCCGCACAUGAGAAGCAAAGAAAUUCUGAACACUGCGACAGGGCAAAGAAGAAGAAACGGAGUCGGAGUCGAAGCCGAGACAGAGACCACAAACGAAGACAUCGGUCUCGAUCAAGGUCACGCUCUAGGACUCGGGAUAGGAAUAAAGGGAAAUCCAGAUACCGAUCUAGGAGCAGAAGUCAAAGUCCUAUCAAAGACCGUAAGGACCGUGAUAAAUAUGGGGAGAAGAACAAUGACAGAUGGCGAGACAAACAUGUGGACCGGCCCCCUCCUGAAGAGCCUUCCAUUGGGGAAAUUUACAAUGGCAAAGUUACCAGUAUCAUGCAGUUUGGGUGUUUUGUGCAACUGGAAGGACUAAGGAAACGGUGGGAAGGUUUAGUUCACAUUUCCGAGCUUCGCCGGGAAGGCCGAGUGGCCAAUGUUGCUGAUGUUGUGAGCAAAGGCCAGAGGGUUAAGGUGAAAGUCCUGUCUUUUACUGGGACUAAAACCAGCCUGAGUAUGAAGGAUGUGGAUCAGGAUACUGGAGAAGAUCUGAAUCCAAAUCGACGCAGGAACCUUGUUGGGGAAACCAAUGAGGAAACCUCUAUGAGGAACCCUGAUAGACCCACUCACCUCUCCCUUGUUAGUGCCCCAGAAGUAGAAGAUGACACACUUGAACGGAAACGCCUCACCCGGAUCUCAGAUCCUGAGAAAUGGGAGAUCAAACAGAUGAUUGCAGCCAAUGUACUUUCCAAAGAAGAGUUUCCAGAUUUUGAUGAAGAGACGGGAAUCCUUCCUAAAGUGGAUGAUGAAGAAGAUGAGGACCUGGAGAUUGAAUUGGUUGAGGAAGAACCUCCAUUCCUGAGAGGACACACCAAACAAAGCAUGGACAUGAGCCCCAUUAAGAUUGUUAAGAAUCCUGAUGGCUCCUUGUCCCAAGCAGCAAUGAUGCAGAGUGCUUUGGCCAAAGAAAGGAGAGAACUCAAACAGGCCCAACGUGAAGCGGAGAUGGACUCUAUCCCUAUGGGACUCAACAAACACUGGGUGGAUCCUCUACCUGAUGUGGAUGGGAGGCAGAUUGCUGCCAACAUGCGGGGCAUUGGGAUGAUGCCUAAUGACAUACCUGAGUGGAAGAAGCAUGCUUUUGGGGGCAACAAAGCAUCUUAUGGUAAAAAGACCCAGCUGUCAAUCAUUGAGCAGAGGGAAAGUCUCCCCAUUUUCAAACUCAAAGAGCAGCUUGUUCAGGCUGUUCAUGACAAUCAGAUCCUGAUUGUUAUUGGAGAGACUGGUUCGGGGAAGACAACACAGAUCACACAGUACCUUGCUGAGGCAGGUUACACCUCCAGGGGGAAAAUUGGAUGUACACAACCUCGAAGGGUGGCGGCAAUGUCAGUGGCCAAAAGAGUAUCUGAGGAGUUUGGUUGUUGCUUAGGCCAAGAGGUAGGCUACACUAUUCGUUUUGAAGACUGCACCAGCCCAGAAACAGUCAUCAAAUACAUGACAGAUGGGAUGUUGCUCAGGGAGUGUUUGAUUGAUCCCGACCUUACUCAGUAUGCAAUCAUCAUGUUGGACGAGGCUCAUGAGAGAACAAUUCACACAGAUGUUCUCUUUGGAUUGUUGAAAAAGACAGUGCAAAAACGGCAAGACAUGAAGCUAAUUGUUACCUCAGCCACAUUAGAUGCUGUGAAAUUUUCCCAGUAUUUCUAUGAGGCUCCCAUUUUCACCAUUCCAGGCCGAACAUAUCCGGUGGAAAUUCUCUACACUAAAGAACCUGAGACAGAUUACUUGGAUGCCAGCCUGAUUACAGUCAUGCAGAUCCAUUUAACUGAACCACCAGGUGAUAUCCUGGUAUUUCUGACUGGUCAGGAAGAAAUUGAUACAGCUUGUGAGAUCUUGUAUGAACGCAUGAAGUCUCUGGGACCUGAUGUGCCUGAAUUAAUCAUCCUCCCUGUGUAUUCUGCUCUACCAAGUGAGAUGCAAACCCGGAUCUUUGACCCAGCUCCUCCUGGUAGCAGGAAGGUUGUAAUUGCUACCAACAUAGCUGAGACUUCUCUGACUAUUGAUGGGAUCUACUACGUGGUGGACCCUGGGUUUGUGAAGCAGAAAGUGUACAACUCCAAGACUGGGAUCGACCAGCUGGUGGUGACUCCCAUCUCUCAGGCUCAGGCAAAGCAGAGGGCUGGCAGAGCUGGGAGAACAGGGCCUGGAAAAUGUUAUAGACUCUACACAGAACGUGCCUACCGAGAUGAAAUGCUGACCACCAACGUGCCUGAGAUCCAGAGAACUAAUUUAGCCAGCACGGUGCUUUCUCUCAAGGCCAUGGGCAUCAAUGACCUGCUUUCCUUUGACUUCAUGGAUGCCCCCCCAAUGGAGACUCUGAUCACAGCCAUGGAGCAACUGUACACAUUAGGAGCCCUGGAUGAUGAGGGCCUGCUCACCCGUCUGGGCCGAAGGAUGGCAGAGUUUCCCCUGGAGCCAAUGUUGUGCAAGAUGCUGAUCAUGUCUGUGCAUCUAGGCUGCAGUGAAGAGAUGCUCACCAUUGUGUCCAUGCUGUCAGUGCAGAAUGUCUUCUACAGGCCCAAGGAUAAACAAGCCCUUGCAGAUCAGAAGAAAGCCAAAUUCCACCAGACCGAAGGUGACCACCUCACUCUUUUGGCUGUGUACAAUUCUUGGAAGAACAACAAAUUUUCCAACCCCUGGUGUUAUGAGAAUUUCAUACAGGCUCGUUCCUUGCGCCGAGCCCAGGAUAUCCGUAAACAGAUGUUGGGCAUCAUGGAUAGACAUAAGCUGGAUGUGGUGUCCUGCGGCAAGGCUACAGUCCGUGUACAGAAAGCCAUCUGCAGUGGUUUCUUCCGAAAUGCUGCCAAGAAGGACCCACAAGAGGGCUAUCGAACUUUGAUUGACCAGCAGGUGGUCUAUAUUCAUCCCUCCAGUGCUCUCUUCAACAGACAGCCGGAAUGGGUGGUAUACCAUGAGCUGGUGCUAACUACCAAGGAGUACAUGCGGGAGGUCACCACCAUUGACCCCCGGUGGCUGGUGGAGUUUGCCCCAGCCUUCUUCAAGGUAUCAGACCCCACAAAGCUCAGCAAGCAGAAGAAGCAGCAGCGGCUUGAGCCCCUGUACAACCGCUAUGAGGAGCCAAAUGCUUGGAGGAUCUCCCGGGCUUUCCGGCGGCGGUGACAAGGGAGCCACAGUCACACAAAGUGCUCAGUUCUGGGUUCCCCCUGUGGGAUAAGAGGUCCAGGACUCUAGUGACUUAUUUAAAACUCACUUGGGCUGAGAGACCCCAAAACCAAAGGAGGACAUCCUGAACUUGACUCUCAUUUCUUUCCUUGUGGUGAAAUCUUCAGAAGGCAAGAGCCCACCUGGCCUUGAGAUACACUCAACCCUCUUGGCUGGGUCCAUCGUGGAUCCUGUGAAGGACAGGUAUGUAGCACCUUUUUCUGCACAGCUGGAUUAAGAGGAACUGCUUUCUCUUUUCUGAACAACUCAUACUACAAGAUCUUUGGACCAAAGGGCCCUAAUAUGCCAAGCACUGAAGUCCUCACCCAUCAGCCCAGUGCUUUUUGAAGGCUUAGCAGCAGUGUCCAAGUAUCAGUGCCCUGGCUGUCUGUCUACUCUCCAACCUGUUUCUUCAAGCUUAACCCUUUGGAAAUAUAUAUUUGUUUAUUUUUAAAUACAUAUGUAUAUUUUUUUUCUGCAUUUGUUUCUUUUAGAUAAAAUGUUAAUAUGUUGGCAAGUCUUAGUGAAAUUUAGGAUCUGUAGCUUGGGGGAGCACAUGGUAAAAGAUUCCCCCUUCUUCCUCCUCCCCAAAACCAAAGCCUUUGUGCCUGGGCCGGGCCUGGGCAGGACACACAUUGGGCUGGGAGUCUUGUCUUUCAGCACUGUCUCUAGCCUAGCUAAGAACUCUAGGUCACCUAGUGAUUAACCACAUCCAUUCCACAGAGUGCUUCAGUCUAGGGGUCUGAGUAGUUACAGAUGUUGGAUACAGAGGAUUUCCCCCACUACAAAAUGUGUAAUGUGUCUUAUUUCCUCUUUAAAAAUGCUAGGUGACAUCACAACCUUUUAUUUAAUUUCCACCCCCAUCAUCCCCUUCCACAAAACAGACCCAGUAUUCCUCCAGGAACUCUUGUAAAUUUUAACAAAGAGGCUUUUUGUAGCAAAACACACAUAUCUUUCUUGGAGAUGGUUUGUGGAUGCCUAACAGCUGACUUCAAGCCCUUCUGAAGCAGCCCUGAAUUUCCUCUUUUUCCUUGCUCACCUUUCCUAGGUCUUUGCUUAGAUUUGCCACAUAAUAUGCUUGUUCAUUCUCCAGUUACAGUGCUGCCCCAUUUGAAUAGUUGGUAGUACCAGUAUGAGGCACUGACACUGUGAAAACUGCUUUUGUAUGUUCUAGAGGUGCCAAGAGAUAGAAUGGGCUCCCCAAAAGCAACCUUGCAUGAAGAAGUCAAGGCCCAUGGUGUGUCCUAGAAUGUUUUGGGUGUAGUGUCUGCCUCUGGCCAAAUCUUUGGUGUCCAAAGGCAUUACUGAUCUUUAACUGGCCCUAAAUUCUCCACAUUGGACUUAAGGUGGUUAUUAGGAACCUAUAACAGUUCUUUCAAAGAGAAACAUCUCUCCCCAAGGGCUGUCUUGUUAAUGGGCUGCUAUGCUUCCUUGGCUGGCUUUGCUUCCCCUCUUGUCCAUUUAGGAAGGGUGGACCAGAUUUAAAUAUGUAAAGACCCUGAAUUCUUAGGAGUCAGAGAUUGGAAUACUGACUUUGCACUUUGUGAGACCAUGGGGUUGUGCAUUACUUCAUAGGGCCUUAGUUUCCUUUUUUGUCCCUUACUUUCUGUUCCAGUAGCAGCUCUAAAAUAGAAAGGCAAAGAUUAGGCAAAUGAGGUUAAGUGACUUAACCAGGAUCACACAACUAGGAAGGGUCUUGAGGCCAGAUUCAAACUUAGGUCCUCCCAAUUCCAGGCCUGGGGCUUUAGCCACUGAGCCACCUAAGUUUUGGGCCUUCCCCCUACCCCAGUGAUUCCUUUUCAGGUAAAUGAGAAAAUUAUACUUAGAUGAUCUCCAAAGUUCUUUCCAGCUCUAAAUCCUUUGGUCUUCUCUCCUGCUAACUUGUUGGGGAGCAAUUGUUGAAACCAGGCAGUAUGACAUCAUUAUUUUCCAUUUCUUUACCUUCCUUCUUGCUCACCUUUCUUUGUUUGCCCCUAAGAGUUGCUGUUUACUCCCUGAAAGUCCAGACCACCUGCUGGGGAACAGACUCCAUUUAGAAAUUGCCUAAGGCCAAGGGGGCAGGAAUUAUUUAGAAUGUUGGGGAAGUGUCUGGCCACCACUUCUAACCUCAGCCCCCCACUAGGUUCACCUUUUCCUUUUCUGUGUGGGGAGGAUAAAUGUUUGAAACUGAAGGAUCCUGAGAAGUUUGGGCCCUGAAGAAGCUAGAGAUUGUGCUAGGUUCACCUUGGAAUGGUCCCACAGAGAAAAAAUUGGCUUGAGGGCCUUAGGAACAGAGACCUCAUAUGUUGUGUAAAGCUUAUAUAGUGAGACUAAGAGGAGGCCUGACAAAGAACAGCACAGCUCAGAAACCUUUCUCCCUAUUUGUUUCCCCCUAGACUCGGCAUUAUGAUGGAGAGCAAGUCAGGUGUUCCUAGACAGAGUUGGAAGUAUACAUACUCCAUCAUCCUACCUUAUGGUCAUUUGGAGUAUCGAAUCCCCUUUCCCUGCACAGUACUGUUCUGAUAGAAGGUGUAAUAUAUGACUUUCUUAUCAUUGGUGGGAGGAGCACAGCUUGGCUGACCACCUACAGAGUCCAGAGACAGCUGAUGGUGGUUUGGGUGGCCACGCAGAAUGCCUCCUGGCCUCCGGCUCUGUGUGUGUUCCAGUAACCUCCUCUUGGACAGUGGGGGUGAGACACAACCUCGUGGCCUCCUCAGCCCUCACCCACGCCAGGGGCCCUGCUGAGUCUACAAGCCCUUCUGACCUUCCUUCAGGAAAGAUCAACAUGGAUUGUGGAACUGGGGCCUGUGUGGAUUCCUUCCCCUGAGCUGCUUCCCCACCCCUUCCAUUCCAGGACAGAAAAGUGCCCCCAGGAAGAACUCUGGUCCAGAUUGGACUGAGGCUGCUUUACAAUGGGGCGCUUGUUUCCCUUGGCUCAGUUUGUUUUUUUUCCUGACAUUGGGUGAUGGCUGGAGAAAGGAUAUGGAUCCCAUGCUGUGAGCUGGAAUCUUCCUGGUUAUGAAAGUCUAUUAUUCUCAAUGGCCCAGCAGGUACCCUUGCUUGGGAGUUUCCUGCUCCUUUCAUCUGAUUUGUGUUGUGUAUGCACUUGUGUCUGCAUAUGCAUGUGGAUAUUAGAUCUCAGUGGGGUGUAGGCAGGGCUUCAGAAUCCUCUGGCCCCAGCCUGAUUUCACUCGACCCACAGUAACCUUGCUUUGACCACCUUUGCUGUAUCUGAGAUGAUCAUUUCCUCCCAAUAGACUUCUACUUAUUUGGUCAAGCUUCUCAAAGUUGAAGUAGAGCAGUUGAAGGGUGGGCCAUGAGCAGCAAUGGCUAAUCCUACAAUUAGCUUUUUCAUGGGGCAGUGAUCAGCAAUUUAAUUCAGACUUUUGACUUUCUUCCUCUACUCCUUCCUAUCUGCCUCUCUGUAUUUUAUUCCUUUCUCAUUUUCUUACUCCCCUCAGUGUAGCUUUUGUCCAUCAUGUGGCAUGGAUUUGUAUUUCGAUUACUUGUAUCUAUUAAAAGAAGUUUUGUUUUC